ACGGUGGAGUUCGGGAACCAGCUGGAGAGCAAGUGGACGGCGCUGGGCACCCUCAUCCAGGAGUACGGGCAGCUGCAGAAGAGGCUGGAGAACAUGGAGAACCUCCUCAAGAACAGGAACUUCUGGAUCCUGCGGCUGCCCCCGGGGGCGAAGGGGGAGGUCCCCAAGGUCCCCAUGGUGUUCAACGAUGCUUCGUUUAACUUCUCUGAGGAGGAGUGGAAGAGCUUGAACGAGUGGCAGAAGGAGCUUUACCGGCAUAUCAUGAAGGGCAACUACGAGGCCGUCAUCUCGAUGGAUGCUGCCAUUUCGAAGCCUGACCUCCUGUCACGGAUCGAGCAAGGGGAGGAUCCCAAUGCGGAGGAUCCAGAUGACUCCGAGGGAGGAGAAACGCCAACAGACCCCAGCACCGAGUUUUCCUUUCCUUGUCCUGACGACAGCUCGUGGGGUAAAUACGAAGAGACCCUGGCUGAAAGCCACGAGGGCUCUGACGAAGAGGAGAGCAUGGAGGUCCCCAGUGCAUGUGAGUUAGAAGUGCAGAGCUUCGGCGAGCGCUGCACAGAGCGGGAGACAGAGGCAGGCUCGGGCUUUUGGUGCUCGCUGGGGAUUGCCCGGGAUGAACAGCAGUGCGAUGAGGAAGGUUCCAAAAGCCUUGAGCUUCCCAGCUCCUUGGCAGGAAAGUGGGAAGAAGUUUUCUCCAGCCCAGAGGAAGAGCUGAAACCGAGCGGCAAGAACCGGAGCGGAUCGACCUCGCAGCAGAGAAUCGCGACGGGCAAUGGGCUGAAGCGCUCCGCUCGCCGCGGGAGAGAUUUGGCCAAGAAGGACGCUGCCGAGGACGUGGCUGUCGAAGAGGGGCCGUACAUCUGCUGCGAGUGCGGGCAGAGCUUCCUGGACAAGCAGCUCUUCGCCGACCACCAGAAAGCGCACGCCAGCGAGGAAGCCUGCACUUCCCUGGAGCACGGAGAAAGCUUCAGGCAGAAAUCCAAAACCUCCUCCAUGAAAGCCCAAGGAUCCUCCCGCUCCAAACCCUCCAAGCGUUCCGAUGGGGAGAAGAGUCCCGCGUUCAAGUACGGCUUUGUCAGGCACCAGGUGAACAACAUGGUGGAGCGGCCGUACACGUGCUCGCAGUGCAAGGAGAGCUUCAGCCUGGAGGUCAGCCUCAUCCUGCACCAGAAGCUCCACAUGGGGAAGGGCGACGGGCCGCUGACCUGCACCUACUGCGGGAAGGACUUCCGAGACCUCUCCAAAGCCAUCCGCCACCAGCGCAUCCACACCGGGGAGAGGCCCUACCAGUGCACCGAGUGCGGGAAGAGCUUCAUCCGGCGGGACCACCUGCUCAAGCACUGGCGGGUUCACACUGGGGAGACCCCCUACCAGUGUCCCGUCUGCGGGAAGCACUUCCGUUACAAAGAGUCUCUGAAUUGUCACCAGAAGAUUCACUCCCGCAACCCCCGGCCCAUGGAGGAUUUGCAGCACAGCCUGGAGGUGGCGACUCAGGCCGGCCAUUUGUGCAUGAAGGAGGAAACGAAGGAGUAG